AGCUUGUUGUCGGCAACCGUGCUGCUGUCAGACGGGGGUCCGAGUGGAGCUGCCCGCAGAAGGAGCCCGCCAUGAAUCCGCCGGGACCCCUGGGGGUCCUGGAGGACAAGGAGGAGGAACACUUAACCACUGAGAUUCUCGGGCCCUCGAUCCAUUCCGAUAACCUUCAGGAGCGGAUCCAAGCCCGGCGCCUCCGCAUUGCAGCGCGCCUGGAGGCCCGGAAACGGGAAGUGCUUGGAGAAUAUUUAGAUGGGAAGAAGGAGAGUGAGGAAGAUCAAAGCAAGAGCUAUAAACAGAAGGAAGAAAGCAGACUGAAAUUGGCUAAACUGCUGCUCUGUGGCACUGAAUUGGUGACAAAUAUCCAGGUGGCUACGGAUAUCAGAGAGACCCACAGGAGAGCUGAAGAAGAGGAGAUAAAGCGUCAGAGGCUUGAAAAACUGGAGAACGAAGUCAAGACCAGCCAGGACAAAUUUGAUGAAAUCACUGCCAAGUGGGAAGAGGGCAAACAGAAGAGAAUUCCCCAGGAACUGUGGGAAAUGCUCAACGCCCAGCAGGAGCACUGUGCUGGGCUGAUAGAAGAUAAGAACAAGCUUAUCAACGAGUUACAGCAGGAGUUAAAAAUCAAAGAUGACCAGUAUGUGAAGGAUUUGAAGAAACAGUCAGAUGACAUCUGCCUGCUGCUGGAGAGGAUGGAGGAACAAGUGAAGAGUGUCAUGAAAAGCUUCCGUGAGGAGCUCAAUCACAUCGAGAAAGCGUUCGAGGUGGAGCGGCAGGAGCUCCUGACCAGCAAUAAGAAGAAAUGGGAGCGGGCGCUGCAGGCUCACAACGUCAAAGAGCUGGAGUAUCUUACGAACCGCCUCAAGAAAGCGGAGGACUACGAGAAGCAGCUGAGCAAGCAGAGGAUAUGGGAUUUUGAAGAGUACAACACGGUUAAGAUCAAGCUGGAGCAGGAUAUACAGAUUCUCGAGCAACAACUUCAGCAAAUGAAAGCAACGUAUCAGCUAAACCAAGAAAAGUUACACUACAACUUCCAGGUGCUGAAGAAGAGAGACGAAGAAAGCACAGUGAUUAAAUCCCAGCAGAAGAGGAAGAUCAAUCGCAUGCACGAUACACUUAACAACCUGAGAUCAAAAUAUGCCAAGCAGAUAAAGCAGUUUCAGGAAGAGAACCAGUCGCUAACCACCGACUACAAAAACCUUGUGGUACAGUUCAAGGAGCUGCAGAAAUCCAUGAGGCAUUUUGCUCUCAUUGAUCGUGAGAAGUUUCGGGAGAUUUGGCUGAUGAAUGAAGAGGAGGCAAAGGAUCUGAUAAGCAGAGCCUUUGAUAUAGACAGGAUCAUCCACACUCAUCACCUGGGGCUCCCCUGGACAGCACCUGAUUACUGGUUCCUGAAGAACGUGGGGCCUCUAUCUCAUCAGCCGCAGAAGUCCGCCACACAAGUAUUAGAAGAGGUGCUGAUGCAAACAGAAGAGGAGGGGGCGGAGGAGGCCGGCGCAGAACCAGCGUCUUACCUGGACCUGCCAAAGCAAGUUUCAGCGAAAACUACCAGGAAGAUCCUGAUGCUCCUGUGUGACGAGUCGGGUUUCCUCAUAGAGAGCAAGCUGCUGAGCCUCCUCCUUCCCCUGGAGAAGAACGAAUGCUACCUGCUGAGGUUGGACGCCAUUUUCUCCGCCCUUGGAAUUGAAAAUGAGGAUGACCUGUAUAAACUGGUGAACUUCUUCCUCAAAUACCAAGCUCAUCACCUGCCUUCCAGCCAGGAGCGAACAAGCCUGAUGUCCGCAAGGGAGGCGGCAGAGCAGCUGGACCCCCAGGGAGAGGAGAAGGGAAGUCCUGUGGCAGAGGAGGAGGUCCCCUCUUCCCCCAGGCUCAUCCACCCCAACGACGUCCUUAAGGUUCUGGAGGCCUUUGUCAUGGGUCUGAAGAAGCCCAGGGACUCUCCGGCACCAGUGAAGCCGCUGAAGGAUGUGCAAGACACCUCCAAGGACUCCGAGUACUGGCAGGCCCUGGCCACGGUCAUCCCUCAGAGCACGCAGAACCUCUGGGACGGCCUAUACACAGCCCUGGAGAAAUACCACCUCGUCCUGACCCAGAGGGCCAAGCUGCUGAUGGAAAACGACGCCCUGGAGCAGCAGAACACCGAGCUGCAGGCGCUGCUGCAGCGGUAUCUAGACGCCAAGGUAAACUCAGAACUGCAGGUUCCGCCCACCCAGGUGCUCCGGAUGCCCAUGAAGCCGAACCGGACCUGAAGAGCACACGCUGGCGCCAGUGCUGGUGUGGGGGCCGGCGCGUGCCCCCCGGGGUUGGGGGCCGCAGGGCGCACUCUGCAUUUCCCAGAGCUGCUG